GGCAAAAUCCAAAAUGGCAGUUUGUUGACAGAUUUGACGAUGAAGAAAGGUUUAAGACGUGUGAAGUGGCAAAAAUAAAUGCGUGGGCAAAUGCUAAGUUACCAAAGAGAAACUUUUAUUUUGUUUAUUCUUCUUUGUAAAUUAGAGAUAAAGAAGAGCCACAGAUUUAAUUUAUUAUAGCGAAAGUCAGUCUGAAAGUGUUAUUUAUGUGCAAACAAGCACGAUGGCAACAUCCGCGAACGGGAACGGCAAUCUAGUGGAUGAAUUCGAGGAAGCGUUUCAGCAAUGCCUCCACAUGCUGACAAAGGACGAAGGCCUGGGAAACACCGGAAGUGGAGGAUUGUCCGUGGAUAAAGAAGAGGUCAAAGGAGAAGUGGAACAAGUCACCCUGCGAUUUAUAGACCUCGCACGCCAAGUGGAAGCUUUUUUUCUUCAAAGGUGGUUUUUAUUAUCGGCCUUGAAACCCGAACUCGUUCUGAAAGAAGAUAUCGCGGACCUUCGAACGGAGCUAAUGCGCAAGGAAGAAUUAAUUAAACGACACUACGACAAAAUUGCAGUCUGGCAAAACCUUCUGGCUGAUUUGCAAGGAUGGGCGAAAUCUCCAGUGCAAGGUCCAGCGCCAAAUGGUCUUGCGAACGGAACUCAAGGAGUUCAAGGUCCACCGGGAGGAAACGGAGCCGGAACUUCUUCGAUGCAGCAGCAGCAGCAACAACAACAAUUGCUGCAACACCAGCAACAAUUGCAACAGCAACAGUUAAUUCAGCAGCACCAAUUGCAGCAGCAGCAACUCCAUCAGCAACAGGUACAACAAGGCCCUGGAGCACAGCCGCCGCCAGGAAUGCAGGGAGUCGGAGUUCCUGUGGGCCAACAGGGGAUGUUCAUGGGCCAGGGUGGCGUUGGGGUCCCGGGUGGCCGGGGUGGCUUUCCCGUCGGAGGCGUUGGAACCAGUUCCCUUCCCAGUCACCUAGCCUUUCUUGAAAAGACGACUAGUAAUAUAGGGAUGCCAGAAAGGCGAAGUUGACGCGGAAGGGGGAGGGGGCGAGGCCGAGGUCGCGGAAGAGGUCGGGGGAGAGGUAGAGGCGUCGGAGGAAAUCUGCCGCCUCCACCGCCCCUUCUUGACCCUUCCGAUCCUUCAUCUUAUGUCGCUGCUGCGACCUCUGUUGCAGCGCCCCUUCCCUCACAGCAGCAACAACAACCCCCUUGCUCUUAAUCUUUCAAUUUCCAUCGAUGAAGAUCCAACAAAUCUCCUCCCGUUCCCUCCCCUUCUGCCUCCAAAAAGUACCUACAAAAAAAAAACUUCUUCCAUGCACGAACAAUAUAGUAUAAAUUCAUUUUUUUUUAAAUAACUAGACAAAUUUCUCAAUGGCGGCGCCAUGCGUCUAGAAAAAAGGGUUUCGUGGCCUUAUCGCCCCCUCCCCUCCACAGUUUUCCACACAUACUCCCUCUCUCCUACAUAAUAAUUAAGUCGCUCAAAACGGCCCCUCCUCCCCAUUCGCUCAUAGUUUUUUCGCCCUUCUCCUAUCCGCUACUAGCUUAUCACCUCCUCCCUCGAGUGUAUGAUAAUUAAGGCUGGUACAAUCACUCCCUCCUGAUCUAUUAGCCCCUCCCCUUCACACUGUACGCUCCCUUCCUCUGCGUAAUAAUUAAGUCAGUCAAAUCGUCCUCCACUAUCCGCACUCAACUUAUCGCCCCCUCCUCUUUAAUCUUUUUCCACGCCUGCUAUCACUCCCCUCACCUGCGUAUCACUGGAGACGUUAAUUAAGUUGAUAAAAUCACCUCCUCCUCCCCUAUCCGAUCGCUACCUCCCCUCACAUACACCGCAAUUCGAUAUUUAAAAAUCACUCCCUCCUCCCCUAUA